AAUAAUUUGUGGGUCCAAUGCAAAGGGUAAACCCUGACCUAAAAAUGGAUUUGGGUUUGGGGAAAUAAUUCAUUAUACCUUAAAAUAUUGCUGACUUUUUCUAUGAAUUUGAUGACACAAUCCCAUCCUUUGAAAAGCAAGAUAGUCCAUCAUCACCUUCUAUCCCUUUAAGGGAGUAAACUAGAUCAGUACUUGUCCUGAUUAAUAUUCAUGGAUCCUUUUUAAUUUGUUAUUUCAGAGGAGUCCAGAGUGGUUAUCUUCCUUUAGCAGAGCUCUCAGACAGACUCCUUCCUAAAGGUCAGCAUUCUCUCAUUUCCUGGAGAGUCAAAGUAGAAGGGGACUAAGCUGCAGGUGGAAUCUUGAUUCUGCAUGUUUCUGAAUUGGACACAACACAGCCACUAUCUGUACUGUCCUUCCCAUUAGAAUCUUCUGUGAUUUAAAAGGCAAACUUCAUAUAAAAGUGCUCUGGUAUUCAUAACAGCCAGAGAUAAAUGUGCAUUUUGUUUGUGUUUGGUUUAGGGUUGAGCAGCACUAAUUCCACUACUAGCCAUCACUCAUUCAAUAAUGCUAAAAUUAAUUGAGUAGAAUAUCCUAAAAGAAAGAAAAAAAAUUGUCUUAUUUAUGGUGAACAAAGCUGAGAUUGUAUCAGAAUCUGGAAGAGUGGUAGAAACAACUGGCCAUCGACUACACAGGAUAUUUCUGGUUUGAUCUGCAUAUAUCUUCCUGAGAGCCAACACUCUUGUUGAACCAUGAAGGAGCAGAUUGAUGAAUUCUUCAAUAAUUUGUGGAUGCUUAUGAUCACCAAACACAAAGAGGGCAUUUACAACACAGUUUGUAUUGUUGUGCUCCUUAUGCUACCUCUACUUGUUUUCUUCACUUCCGUGGUUGUUUGUUGUCACUGCUGCUCGUUCCUUUGCAGAGGACAUGACUGUUGCUGUUGUAGAGGUUCUGACACAUUGACAGGGGCACAGGUUGAAAAGAAAAGGAAAAAGAAGAGGAAUGGUGGCCAGAAUGAGGACUUGUGGAUUUCAGUCAAAACGGACCUAAUGACUCCAGAUCGACUAGCUCUUACUGUUGUGUAGUUGGGCCAUGAUCUGAUUAAAAGUACAGGUUGGAUAUUUAUAUAUGUCUAGAACAGAUAUUAGUUACAUCACUUAAUAGCAUGUUAAGCCAACUGGAUGUGUUAUAAUAUUAAAGACAAUUCUCUACUUAUUCAAGGGAUGAGUUACAAAUUAUGACAAGUUUAGUCAUCUUGACAAAGAACUACUAGACAUUUAGAAUGAUUUUCCAUGAUGAACUUAAUUUUAUGACACUUUAUAUGAAUUUAAACAAGCAAGGAUUAUGUGAAUGGGAUAAAAAUGGUACAAAGUCAAUCCUUUCCUUAAUCCUAAACUUUGCUAAAAAUGAAGUUGAUUGAUGGUGCAAUAGAGGCAGACUUCCUUUUCUUAUUUCUAAAUACAAUACUGCUGACAGAACAAAGAGGAAAGAGGUUCCUGAACAUUCAAGCAAGGGGCUUGUGUUAAGUAAUAACAGCUCUUCAAAGAAUAAAUGCCCUUUAAAAAAUGAAAAGUUGUCAAAACUUAAUACCUUUUGCUGAAUCAUUUUCAUCUGCUGUUGAGGAAUAAGAAUAGCGAUUAUACUGUGGGUUUUUGUUUGUUUGUUUUUUGUCUGUCAUUCAGUGUAGCACACAAUUUGUGAUUAAAUUGGCUUGGCUUCCAAUGAGAUAACCUGAGAGUUGAAAACAUAACACAUACAAACACUGGCAGAGAAUGUUGGUUUUGAAUUUGUGGGCUAAGAAUGAGGGGAAGCAGUUGAUUUAGCAUGAGCAAGUUAAUUUCAGGUUGUUGUGUGAUUUUGAAUGUACUUAUUCAGCAUGUUGUUGUUGUUGAUGUUGUUGCUUUCUCUAUACUGUUAAUGUAUGCAAAUGAUGAAAGUCUUGUGUUUUGUGCAUAACCUAAUUACAAUAAAGUUACUGUAUUUUUCUA